CUUUUCAUCCCUACAAACGAAAUCGAUACCUCGAAUCAACAGAAGGAGAGAAAGAAAAGACUUGCUGGGGCGUCUCGCGUCAUCCUCCAAGAUUUAAAUACCGCACCAUUCCUAUACCGUAGGGCACCCUGCCCAAACGACACCAACCCUCCCCACCUGUGCCUUUCGCGCCCAUUCACAUGAAUCGACCAUCGCCAACUCUCCAGCUUCCUCAGCCAACUUCAUCACUGUCAAUACCCCCGUCGCCCGUUUCUCAAGAUGAUGCGUCUUCGGUAACACGACUGGCAGAGGACACGGCGCACCUUUCGGUGAAUGGUACAGCCGUGCCUGCCGCGCCUAUCCCUGCGCGCACCCAGUCCACAACAGCUGUGCCGUCAAAGAAGCCCAAGAUGACGCACCGCCUGACGCGCAUGUUUUCUCGCACCGAGCAGAAAGACAUCGACGCUGCCAAAGCAGAACUCAUAAGGGAUCUUUCCUCGCCCGAUGGUCGUCCUGACAGUGCCAACGGUCAUCGGCCUUCCAGCGCGAGAACUGCGUCGGCUGAUCAAAAGGACAACAAAAAGAUGGCCUUGUUACACACAGCCCAGAAAAAGAAUGAACCUCCUGCUGAUCCAUCGGCCUAUGGACAACACAAGCGAUUUGAGAUGGAAGAGGAUGGCACCCACGCACAUUACCUCAAAUCCGCGAAACGCCAGGAAAAGUUGUCUGAUAUGCUCCGGGAAAUGCUAGGAGGCAAAAAGAAGGACCCUGAUGGAGACCAGCAACUCUCCCUGAUGUCGUCCUGGGUGGACCAACUUAGAUCGGAAAAAGAUAGCCUAGCAGGCGACAAAAAAGGAGGUCCCAAUGCCUCUGCCAACCUGGUCGAGAAGUAUGGCAAAUGUCAAGAAAUCGUCGGCCGUGGCGCUUUCGGCAUCGUCAGAAUAUCUCACAAACCAGAUCCCGGUAGUGCUGCUGGCGAGCAGCUUUACGCCGUCAAGGAAUUCCGUCGCCGGCCACAAGAAACUUCGAAAAAGUACCAAAAACGACUCACGAGCGAAUUCUGCAUAUCAUCGUCUCUCCGUCAUCCCAAUAUCAUCCACACCCUCGAUCUCCUUCAAGAUUCUAAGGGAGAUUACUGCGAAGUCAUGGAGUACUGUGCCGGUGGUGAUCUAUACACCCUGAUUUUGGCUGCUGGACAACUUCAAGUCCUAGAAGCUGACUGCUUCUUCAAGCAGUAUAUGCGUGGCGUGGAGUAUAUGCACGAAAUGGGCGUUGCUCACCGUGAUCUGAAACCUGAAAAUCUGCUCCUUACUACGCACGGCGCCCUGAAGAUUACGGAUUUCGGAAAUGGCGAGUGUUUCCGAAUGGCUUGGGAAAAAGAAGCCCAUAUGACUGCCGGACUUUGCGGAAGUGCUCCUUACAUCGCACCUGAAGAAUACCAAGGCGGCGAAUUUGACCCUCGAGCCGUGGAUGUCUGGGCUUGUGGUGUCAUUUACAUGGCUAUGAGGACUGGCCGCCAUCUAUGGAGGGUUGCUCGUAAAGAAGAAGAUGAAUUCUAUGAGCGAUAUCUCGAGGGCAGAAGAGAUGAAGAUGGCUAUGCCCCAAUAGAGACGUUGCACAGGGCACGCUGUAGGAACGUCAUAUACUCGAUCCUCGACCCCAACCCUGGCCGUCGUAUCACCGCCUCUCAGGUCCUGAAGUCUGAAUGGGGCCGAGAGAUCAAAGUUUGCAAGGCAGGCGAGGAGGGCUAUUAGCCUGGUCGCCUGUUUGGACGCCUUCUACGACGUGGCGAUGCCCAUGUGUCGCCUUCAUGAGCAUGAUUUCACGAAGCGAUGAUGUAUUUCUCUGGCUGGAAAGGCUAUGACAGAUGAGGUUCUUGAGCACGCACCUCUCUAGCGCGAUCGCUCACCAUAAACCGCGGACAUUGGGAGGAUAGCGAUUGAAACGAUGUACCGACUAUGUCAAUGAAUCAAUAAGGCACCAUA